AAAAAUCAUCAUACAUAAUGGGCUUGUAUUGACAAUAUUAUGAAUGAAAUGUACUGGAAGCAGCUCACCCCCUCUCCUUUCAACAGGUUGUGUGUGAGACUUCAGCUCAGCAGUGACAGCAACUACAAGCAGGCGCACCAAGGGCCCUCGCGCUCACUUUUCACCCAUAUGUGCGAUAGAAUUUAGAAAAAAACACAUCGGUUCAAAUUUUUAGUCUGUAUCAUAGUGUCUGGUGUUGUUGUUGUUUCUGUUUGUUGGUUUGUUUUUAUGUUGUUUUAUUUUUCUAGCUGGUUAUUAGAUGCCACUCCAGCCAGCAAGAGAAUCCCCCGACGUCCCGCUCUCACCUCCCUUUGCAGCAAGCAGCAGGCGCACCUCGCAAACAAAGGGCGCCCUUACUCCCAGCAAAUGGGAAAUAGAAAAAAAAAAUGAUGGGUGCCCAUGCAAGCACAAAAAUGCGCUGGCAUGAUAUCGGGGCAGCAUGGGUGUGAGCAACUUUUUUUUUUUUUUACCGAUGCCCACAUGCCGCCCCCAUCACGAUGGAGCUGUUCUGAGAAUUCGUUGUUUCUGCGCAUGCGUACAACACGAAAUUCAGUGGCAAACCGUCCUACCUUUGUGAAUAUUAGCUAGAAAAAUACUCUGGCGGAUAAAAUUAAGUGCCAAACCAUCCUACCUUUGUGAAUGUGAACUACAAGCAUACUUUAACAGGUAAAAUGUAGUGGCAAACCAUCCUGGCUUCAUAAAUAUGAGCUACAAGUAUACUCUGAUGGGCAACGUUAAGUGUCAAACCAUCAUACCUAUUUAAAUUUUUGCUGGAAUCAAUCUGUGACAGCAGAAAUUUGCAUAAACUACUUUCAGUAGGACGUUUUGUCAAAGUAGGAUGGUUUGUCAGAACACCUGCUUGGGCAAUGGCUCAUAUCACCCAUAUGAAAAACCACCAUUCAUCGGGUGUGUCUACUUCCCUUUUUUGUUGUUGCACUCUUCUGUCCCAGCUGUCAAAUGUCACUAAAACAUGUCAUCAGUCCGUUGCUUACGUAAACUUCGGAUUUGAUCAAAUCAGCAAUAAAAGUCGGGUGUAGGCGUUUUAACAGCUUCUUAAAUGAGUGAUGUACCAGCCUGAGUGUGGGAUCAGGAGUUAAGGAGAUGAACAUGGCUGCUGUGACUGCGUGGCGCUGCUCCACUUUGCUUUUUAUCGGACUCUCCAUGAUCUUCUCUGCAGAUCUCGAGAGGAUGGAAGUUAAAGUUGGACAGAACAUCGUCCUGCCAUGUCAAGCUGUAGGUGACAUCCAAUAUGUAAAGUGGGAAAGAGUUAACCUGGGAGUUGACUGUGUACUCAAACACCGCCGUGGUGAAGUUUUUCCAGACAGUCUGCAUCCAUCUUUUGAGAACCGGGCGCAUCUGCAGGACAGACAGAUGAAGGAUGGAAAUCUGUCUUUGAUUAUAAGGGAAGUGAAGAUUAAUGACAUUGGAACAUAUGAGUGUAAUGUCAUGAGAUCAUUCGGGGGUAAUUCCACCAGAAAUAUCAUUGACCUUCAUGUUUCUGUUCCUCCAGUCUUCAAUUUCAUCACAGCUGAGUCUGGACAGGAUGUCAUUCUGCCAUGUCGAGCUCCAGACAGCAAUGUCAAAUACAUAGGUUGGACCAGAGAUGACCUGGGAUUUGACUCUGUGUAUCGUUAUGAGGAUGGACACUUUCGUCCAGUCAACCAGCAUCCAUCUUUUAAGAAUCGUGUGGAUCUGCAGGACAGACAGAUGAAGGAUGGAGACGUGUCUUUGAUUCUGAAGAAUGUGACGAGUAAUGAUGCUGGAACAUACCUAUGUAAAGUCAUCAUUAGCCGAGCACACCGGAGUGACCUCAUUAGCAGCAUCUACCUGGUUGUUGAUCCUCCAGGUCCACCAAAACCUCGCCCAGGGGAUGAAUGGAUGGUUUUUGGAGUGGGAUUUGCUCUCUCACUUUGUCUUGUGAUUGCUGUUGUUGGAUUUUGCACAUACACAUAUAGACUGUCCCGGGGGCCAAAUGCUAAUCGACCUCAUCAGACCCCACAGCAGUUGUAUGAUCUGAGGACAGGCUGUAGAUUAGAAACAUCCAAAGUUUGAUCUUCUGUGAGUGUUUCUGUAUUUUAAAUUUCAGGUUCAGCAACUGUUUGUAAACUCAUCUUAUUCUGUGAGUUAUGAACCACACAAAUUAGAAUUAUUGAGUUAUUACAGCAUAAUUACAUAAGCUCACUGACUCAACAACACCAACACUGUGCAACAAUAAGAGUGUAGAUGAAGCACUGUAUGUUAGAGACAAUCACUUAUCUGUCUCAGUGUUCAGGAUCCACUGAUCAGCUGCUGACAGAUGAUUGACUGAAUCUGGGAUUUGUACAUUUGAAAAUAAUGCAAAAUAAAUGUUCAUGAAUGAAUGUUGAUCUAAAAUCUGAACAUUUGAUGUAUUUUUUAUUACUGCUUGAGUACAGCUCAAUUGGUGGAGAUGGUCGGUCGGAAACUAAAGAUUCAUGUGCAUACAGUCUCAGAUGUUGUGUUGCUUAUCGCAAUAUCUGCGUUAUCAGUGCAUGUGUGAGUACAGGGUAGUUAUGCCCUUUGCGGAAAAAAUGGUUUUCCAUCUGUGGGUCUUUGUGCUGAUGCACCUGUAGCACUUCCCUGAGAAAAGUAGGCUGAACACGUUGAAAGCAGGGUGGGAGCUGUCCUUGAUGAUGUUUGCUGCUCUGCGGAGCAGCCGAUGAUCUU